UCAACAUGACUAAAAACGGGUCAGUGGUGUUUGGUCACUUCUCAGCAUUCUGUUGUUGUGUUUCUCUUAUCUGUGUCACUCUGGCAAGAACAUGAAGGAAACACAACAUCUGCUGCUCCUGGCAGUAUUUGUGUGCCUGGCAAGAUGUCAAGAAAAGCCACAAGUUCAUAUCUCACCCAAACUCACGCACAUCUUCUCUGGGGACUUAUUUUUUCUGAGAUGUGACGACAGCACAAGUGGAAGCACAGUUAAAUGGUACGUUAACGACACGGAACAAACGUUGACAGACAAAAUCUGGAAGAUAGGAGUUGCUGCACCCAAGCACUCAGGGUCUUAUCAAUGUCAGAGCAAUGGACUGAAGAGUGACAGUUUACCCAUCAGUGUCCUGGAUUAUACUCCCAAAGCCUCACUCACCAUCAGGACCGGUCAGCCAGUGGUGCGGAAAGGAGGUUCAGUUAUCCUGCAGCUUGACAAUGAGGGUGGUCUGCAGGGAUGGAACUGUUGGGUCUAUAGGGGAGAAGAGCCAAGGAAGAUUCAUUUGACGGUGAAGAAAGACAGUGAUAGUGUGAUCUUUCAGCCCAAAAGACUGCAUAUCCCAGAGACAAUUUUCUGGUGUUCUGACAACCAACAAAUCAGAAGUAACCAAAUUAUUGUCAGGACCUCAGAGAAGGACGUAUCACUGGAAAUGUAUCCCCUGCCUGCUGUAGUUGGGGAAAUUCUGACCCUGAAGUGCCUCACCUGGGGCACAAAUCGAAUAAGCCAAGCUGUUUUCUACAAAGACGAUGCAGUCAUUAAAGAUAGUCCAAGUCCUACCUACGAAAUCUCUAAUGUGACAGAAUCUGUAAAGGGAAAAUAUAAGUGUGAUGCCACCUUCACUUACAUGGGACGCACUGAUGGGCCCCCAAACAGAGUGGUCUCUGAUUUACAAGAUGUGUUUGUCCAAAUACCACCUCAUAUAAGGGCAAUACUCUCUGUACAAGGUGGCAUGUCCUGUUCUUGUCCACUUUGUCCUGAUGGUAGCUCCUAUCAUUGGUACCACAAGAGUGCUCAGUCAUGGGAACGUAUGGAUUCCACCCAAGCAUUCAUGACGCCAGAAGUGAGUGGUACUUAUGCAUGUAGAGCCGUGUGGAAAACCGGAAGGUCUUCUCUCAGCAACAGUUACACUUAUCAACCUCCAAUCAUAUCCAGUCUAGCGAUAGUGGUCAUCGUGCUGGUGAUCCUAAUUUUAGUAGCUGUGUUAAUAUUGAUAUGGUAUAGGAGGAGAAAUACCACAGAACCAGUUUACGAGGAUAUGCCACUGAGGUCACAAGACAAAGGUGAUGACCAAUAUGAGAGGCUAGAGAUGGGUGCCCGAAGGGAGGGCGAGUAUGACACCCUUCACUCCGAAGCACCAGGCAGAGAGAGGAAAAGGGGCGAAUAUGAAGCACUGAAGAAAGAAGAAAUGACAGGGGGGGAGUACCACACUGUGAAACAGAAGGGGGCAGUUGGAGGAGAGGGAGGGUAUGAAGCACUGAAGAAAGAGGGGAGAAAAGAGGGAGUAUACCACACCCUGGGGAUGGAGGGAGUAGCAGGAGGAGAGGGGGGAUACGAAGCACUGAAGAAAGAGGGGGUGAAAGAGGGAGUAUACCACACCCUGGGGAUGGAGGGGGCAAGUGGAAGUGAGUGAGGAUAUGUAGCAGUAGGAAAGACUGAGAAUAUAAGAUAAAGAAGGUGGCCGAGGCGGAGAACAAAAGACUUGAGCCAUGACGGGACAAAUAGGUCUCAGUAGCUUUUAUGCUUUCCUGCAAACCAGCAAAGUCAAAUGAAAUCACAAUUCUGAAGUUCAAAUCCUGUAUGAGAAAUGUACUCUGGGUGACACUGGGUCAGGAUUCAUGUAUAAACAAAGUAAAAAAGAGUAUGUUUCAGACAGAGAUCAGAUAAUAAAGACAAAUUAAUUCUUCAAACAAGGUUUGAGAGUGACCAUGUGAUAGGCAAGGAGAAAUACAUUGCGAAACAACAAAAGCAAAUGUUAAAAAAAGAGAGAGAAAAAAGAGAGAAAUUACAAAACAUAAAGACGUUAUGUUGCACAAUGCAGCAACUUUAUCCAUAACUAUCAUGUUAAUUAUGGAAUAUUCUAUAAAAUGUAAACAGCCAACACAAGUUACCAGAACAUAAAGCUGUUCAUGUUGGUGAUACCAGCAGUCAAAAAUAACAAAAGUAUAUUGUCCAGCUCUGAUCUGACCCUGUAAUUGCAAUUUUCAGACCCUGAUAAUAAUCAAACACAUACACCUACUUACAGCAUUUGCAGAUUUUCAAUGACAAUGAUCCAAAUGUUUUUUGAGGCUUUUUCUAAUGAAAAUAUAAUGUAAAUUACAUUUAGCGCUUGAACAAACUUUCAAAAUAUGCUUUCAGUGACUAGGAUAAGCAAAGCAUUUUUCAGCAAAAAACGAAAUGGUCUUGUGAUUUUAUCUGAAAAUAUAUUGCUUUUACCAAAUAUUUUUGUGAUGCGCUAUUAUUUCCACAAAUAACAAGUGGCUUAAGUUCUGCUUUUGUAUUCAUGUUAAAAAUCUCUUUAUAUUCACGCAUGUACGCUUAUCAGAUAUGACAUUAAUUUGCAGUGCAAAUGCAGAGAAGAAUUCCUGUUGUAUUUGAUGUGCUGAAAUAAAUCUAUUUUGUUCAAA